UUUCCUUCUUGUUGACUUUCCUUCUUACUCUGUCGUUGACUCUCUUUGCGACUUCUUCUUCUCUUUUCUUCAUCUUCUUCUCCCUGAUUCCUUUUUCUUUUGUUGCAGGACUAAAAUCCCAACACCUCCCUCCUGAGUUCUUUGAUUAAAUCCCCAAUUUCAAUUUUAGGGUUUUGAUUCCCAUUGUUUCUUUUGAUUUAUCUUCAUUCCGGAAAUUGCUCCGGUGAAACAGCAGCCACCGCCACAUCUUUCUCCUUCUCCGGCAAGCAACUUCAUUCCGGAUUUUCGUCUGAGACUUCAUUCUUGUCUCCCUCUUCGACCAAACUGACACUUAUUCCGACAAAACCCUCUGAUUAGACCGUCGGAAUGGAAUCACGGGUUUUGUUCUCUAGUCAAUUCAACUUCCCGGUGAAUUCACCGUUUAAGACCCGUGAAACCUCGAUUGCUCCGCUCACACCUUCCCGGAAUGUUCUCUCCUUCUCUUUCCGUAGUCCCGCAGAGAGAUGUGCGAUGAGGAUUGUACCGCUUGUAAAAGCUGCUUCGUCUACUCCACAGAUAGUAGCGGAGGUCGAUGGUUCGUCUCACGAACCAAGAAGGAAGAAGCUUGCUGUGUUUGUGUCGGGAGGUGGUUCAAAUUUCAGGAAGAUUCAUGAGGGAUGCAGUGAUGGUUCUGUUAAUGGUGAUGUUGUUUUGUUGGUCACUAACAAAAAAGAUUGUGGAGGUGCUGAGUAUGCAAGAAGUAAUGGAAUUCCUGUUUUAGUAUUCCCAAAAGCGAAACGAGAACCAUCUGAUGGACUCUCUCCUUCAGAACUUGUAGAUGUACUAAGGAAAUAUGGUGUAGACUUUGUUCUUUUAGCUGGAUAUUUGAAACUUAUACCGGUCGAGCUGGUCCAAGCUUUUCCUAAACGGAUUCUAAAUAUUCAUCCUGCUCUUCUUCCGGCUUUCGGAGGCAAAGGUCUUUAUGGUAUAAAAGUGCAUAAAGCUGUUCUAGAAUCGGGAGCUAGAUAUUCGGGUCCGACAAUUCACUUCGUCAAUGAGGAGUACGAUACAGGUCGGAUACUUGCUCAAAGUGCAGUCCGUGUGAUUGCUAAUGAUACACCAGAAGAAUUGGCCAAAAGGGUUCUUCAUGAGGAACACAAACUGUAUGUCGAGGUGGUGGGUGCGAUUUGCGAAGAGCGGAUUAAAUGGAGAGAAGACGGUGUCCCUCUCAUUCAAAACAAACAAAACCCUGACGAGUACUAUUAGAUUCUCAACAAAUGAAGUUAUUCAUUGGAUGUUAGAUUAGUCACAUUUUCAAAACAAAGUGUUUCAACAUAGGUUAUGUAGAAGAAGUUUUUUUGCCCGAAGUAUAGAUUGAGACAUGUUUCUGAUACUAAAUUUUGUUUCGGUUGGGUCAGAAUCAUAUGGAAGGAGAUGAAAUUCGAGUCAGGAGACAGCAUUUUAAUGCUUGUGUUGUAUAAUACCAACAGUCUUUAUUCAAUUUUUUCCUAGAAUGUUUUAUUACCUUGAAGUUUGGUAUC